UUGAAAAACCCUCUUUGCCACUUUCACGGCCUCCAACACCCCCAUUUUCUCUCUCCACCGCGCUGUCCACCACCAGCCGGCCAUCUCCGCCAUGGCAGGGCUAGGUCUCCUGAGGUCAAAAUUAGGGCUUUCACCUUUUACCUCAAUGAUCAAGACCCGUUCAUUUGGGGCGGCUGCCGCGCUCCAAUACGAAGACGACGACGAUUACUACGGUGGAUAUGAUGAUCGGACGGUGAAUAAUCGGCGGGGAAAUCUACAUCCGAUGGCUGAUGGAGAAGGAUCAGAGCGUAAGAGAGGUGUGCAGUGGGUGAUUAUGGGAGAGCCUGGAGCUAAGAAGCAUGUUUAUGCUGAAUGGUUGUCGAAGCUUCUGGAAGUUCCUCAUAUUUCUAUGGCUGGUCUUCUUCGACAGCAGCUCCACCCUAGAUUUUCUCUCUACAAGCAGAUUGAGAGCGCUGUGAGCCAAGGAAUGCUAGUUCCAGAGGAUAUAAUAUUUGGCUUGCUAUCAAAGAGAUUGGAGGAAGGAUAUAUCAGAGGGGAAACUGGAUUCAUUUUGGAUGGAAUGCCCAGAACGAGAACGCAAGCUGAAAUCCUUGACCAAGUUGCUGACGUUGAUUUGGUGCUGAAUUUGAAAUGCACUGGUAAACAGUUGGUAGAUAGAAAACUGCAAGGCGGAUUGAAUCUUCUGUUGCAAGAAAGUCAAAUCAAAUCGUACUCAGAAGUAGACUGGAAAGAGAAGCUUCGCACUUAUGCAGAACAGAGCAAACCAUUGGAAGAUUACUACAGGAAGCAGCAAAAGCUUCUGGAAUUUGAAGUAGCUGAAGGACUUGGAGAAACCUGGAAAGGCCUGUUGUCUGUUUUGCAGCUACAACACAUGGAUUCUUCUUUCCAGAAGCUAACUGCUUGAUAUGGUUGAUUCAAUCUGUGAACAUUGCGGCAUUAUAGUAAAUACAAACCCACCUCCCUACAGAGUUUGUGAAAGUUUAAUACUUCAACUGUUGAUUUUUUUCACUUCUAUCAUCCAAUCCAUAAAUCCCAAGCAAUUUUGUAAGAGUAUUUUUACUGUAGUAUUAUAGUAUUUGUAUACGAUCGACGACAAGCCUGUUAAGUGACUGCUUGCUUGUAUUUUUGCUCCAUAUUGAUGGACUAUGUAGCCCAGACUUGUUUGCAUAUUGUCCGAGAUAUUCAUUUAUAAAAUUUUUGAAUCCCCUGGUAA